CCUAAUACAAUUGACUAUUAGUUUAUUAUGGUUUCAUGAUUUAUUUAUUAUUGAAAAUGUCAUACUGACAUAUGUGCUCACUCUGUGAAAUGAUGGCUGCUAUUUGAUAUUACAGAGAAACUUCUUUGUGAAAUGAUGGCUAGAGGUCUAUUAUAAGAGUAAAACAAGGAUCACAUGGAGUAUCUUUGCUUGAUGAAAAAUUUGGAAGGUUGGCUUUGUAGUUAAAACCCUGAACCUUGGCCUGAAUGAUAUUUGAUACAUCAACUAUUAGUAAGGUAAUACUGGUGAAUUGUGAAUUUAUUGAUUGAACUCUUGCAAUAAUCUUCCAACAGAGUUCUCUUUCAAAGGAGUUACAAAAGAAUUUAGAAAAAUGAAGUUCUGUUAUAAUGGAGUUAUGAAAGAACUUGAGUAACUGAGGUUAACUGCUGAUCACCACUUAGAGGGGCUGCUGCGUUUCUUAAACAUUCAACUACGAAAUACAGCUCAUAUCUAAACUAAGCUAAUGUGCAUUUAUAUAUUGUGCAUUUAUAUAUUUAUUUUUUUGUUUGGUUGCAUGCUUUCCGAUCUCCUUCCCUUCCUUUCUGUGGUAGCGAGAGUCGGUAUUAGACCAAAUUUUGUGGCUUAAAAUCGAAUAAAGUUAAAAUUGACUAAUUUAUUUAAUUUUUUUCGGUUACAAAGCUAAUUAAAAUAAAAACCUAAUUUUAAUAUGAAAUACAUGCUACAAAUCAAAAACUAAUUUUAAAUUUAGGAAAAAAACCUGUCAAGGGUAAUCUAGUUGAUUAACUAGAUAUAAGACGAAUAAUAUUAAAAUCAAUAAAAAAACAUCCCUAAAUUAAAUCCUAGCCCUUCCUCUCACAAAGCACAAUGGAUAAAAAACAUUUCUUAAAUAGAAUUUUUAACCUCCCUAUAUUGACCGUAUUUGGAUUUUAACUUUAUUUAAAAAUCUGAAAUUUUAGCAGCCUAUUUUACAAUCUUCAUGAUAUUUGCCCCUACCAUAUUUGUGUUUGUUUUUUUAAAGUAAGGAUAUUUGGUGUCCAAAUUAUAUUCCAAUCAUGGGUUGGUAUUUAUGGGCUACCGCAAGAAUAUUGGAGGCUACACACUUUGUUUGAAAUAGCUGCAGGGGUAGGCACACCUCUUAUGCUGGAUGAGGCAAAACAGUAUUGCCAAAGUCGUGUUUGCUUCCGACCAAUGCUUUGCUUUGGAAAUUGAAUUUUCUCAAUCAAGGGUCUAUGUAGCAGCAGUGUAUGCUAGCACUGCUUAUCUGGUUCGUAGGACACUUUGGGCAGACUUGACGAGAUUACAAGCUUUGUUCGUUGGGCCUUGGCUGUUUGUCGGCGACUUUAAUGCCGUACUAGGGGCACAUGAGAAACGGGGAAAGACGUUACCUCCUAAGAUUUCCUGUGAUGAUUUUUUACAGUGGACUAUUGCUAAUCAAUUGUCUCAUUUAAAUACAAUUGGGGUGCACUUUACUUGGUCUAAUGGUAGAGUUGGAGAUAAUUUUGUGGCGUUGUGUCUCGACAGGGCCAUUUGCAAUCACGCGUGGCUAAACCAAUGGCAAUCAAUAUAUUGUUAUGCUCUUUAUAAGCACAGCUCUGACCAUCAUCCUUUAGUCAUUAGCCACAGCGCUUCAGAUUUUCAUCAUGCGAUGCCAUUCCGUUUUUUCAAGGUUUGGACAGCACACUCAGAUUGUGAACGACUUGUUAAGGAGGUUUGGGAGAAACAAGUUUUUGGUAACCCUAUGGCUUGUCUUCAAUUGAAGCUGAAAAGAUUAAAAGGGGUACUUAGAGUUUGGAACAAAAAUGUAUUUGGUAACGUGGAUUCUAAUGUGCAGCUGGCUGUUGACGAGGUUAUGCGGAUACAAAGCAUGAUUGAUAGCAACGGUAUAACUGAUGAGGUGCAGCAAAUGGAUUGUCAAGCUAAGUUGAUACUUUCGAAAGCCCUAUUGGAUCAAGACCAGUUCUGGAGGGAGAAAGCACCUAUGCAGCAGUUCUUGUAGGGAGAUAGAAAUACGUUAUAUUUUCAUCACGUGGCCAAAAUCAAAGCAAUAACCAAGAAAAUUCAUGUGGAUGGAUACGCGAGAUACUACAGUCGGCUCGACUGUCCAUUCUUAUUAAUGGCAAGGCUGUUGGCUAUUUUGGAUGCACCCGAGGAGUCCGACAGGGGGAUCCACUUUCUCCCUUAUUAUUUUGCAUCGUGGAAGUUCUUAGCAGAAGUUUACUUAAAGCUUUGGAGUAGGGUAGAUUGUGGCCUAUGUCUCUUUGUAGAAGGGUGCAUAUUCCAUCCCAUGUUCUUUAGGCUGGAAGUUGAUGACCAGUAGUGAUCAAUGGGCUGUGAUGUGUCGAGCUCUCUUUUUGCGACAUGGUAAACCAGCUAGCUCUUUGUUCCACUCUUCUAUUUGGCAUGGCAUCAAAUUGCAUUUUACUGAUGUCUUGAGUAGUUCAAGAUGGUUGAUUGGCAAAGGGGACACUAUUUCAUUCUGGAAAGAUAAUUGGUUAGGUUCCUCACUAGUGGGUUUAUUGAACAUUCCGUUACAUAUUCAUAAGUCGUUAACAUCCUCGGUAGCGGAUAUGAUCGUGGAAGGUUCUUGGAUUAUCCCGAGCUGCAUUGCUGAACUGGAUACUGAUGUUGUUGAAUGUAUCCAUGCUGUGGUGACUCCUAAAAUCCCUCUCCAAGACAGGCUUGUAUGGACUGCUUCAAAGGAUGGUUGCCUCACAUAAAAAAUUACUUACAAUUUCCUUUUUUCUCCUUCUGCUACACGGGACUGGACUGCAUUCAUUGGCAUAAUUUUGUACCUCCUGCAAAUUCAUUUGUGGUUUGGCGAUGUUUUCAAGGGAAGAUGCCAACAGACGUAAACUUGAUCCAACGUGGAUGCACAAUGGUUACAGUUUGUGUUUUAUGCAUGGCAGAUAGCGAAACUACACCACAUCUGUUUCUUCAAUGUUCAUUUGCAGUGGAGUUAUUGAAUUGGUUGGGUGGGAUGUUUCUUAUUCAAUUUAAUAGGAUUGAUGUUAAUGCUAUUUUUCAAAGUUGUAAUCCUGGUUGGUGUGCACAAGUAAAGGAUAUGGCUUAAUUGGCGGCGAUAAUACAUACUUUUCACACAAUUUGGAUGGCGCGGAAUGGAAUACGCUUUAAUAAUGCAAAGGUUUCUAUUCACUCCGCCAAGAUGAAGAUUCAUAUGCUCAUUAUACCCAGCGCUGCCAUUACAAAGAGUGUGGCGUCUAGCUCCAUGAGAAUUCUGCAUAAUUUGCAAGUUCCAGUGCAGCAGCCUCUAUUACCGAAGUCCACAUUGGGUUUUAUGGCAAACACGCCUAUUUUUUGGACUAAAGUACACACGGAUGGAUCAUUUACGCAAAGUUCGUCAGCUUGUGGUGGUAUCUUUCGUAAUCAUCACGCCAAUUAAUUUAUGGUUAGAAAGUGACUCUAAGACAACUUUAGGAGCCUUCUCUAAUCAUGACAUAGUACCGUGGGAUUUGAGAAAUCGUUGGACUAAUUGUUUCUCCUUGGGCCUUAAUGUGAGAAAUUCACAUAUUUUUCGGGAAGGUAAUGCUUGUGUAGAAAAACUUGCCAAUGAAGGUCAUGUUGUUGCCACUUAUACGUGGUGCGAGUCUGUUCCUAGAUGUAUUAGAGACGAGUUCCUUCGUGAUAAACUUGGGUUACCUACUUACCGAGUUACAUAGUUUUUUUUUUGUUUGUCUUGCUUUCUUGGGGCAAGGUCCA